UCUCUUUUUCUCCGAACCUUCCUUACUUCUUGUCACCAAUUUUUUAUUCUCAACACCCUUUUGAACAUGGAUAUCAGUGCCAGUAACAGCAGCAAGAAGAGGAAAAUUUGCCGCGAAGAAGGUGAAGAAGACGAGGCCAAAAUGGAGACGUUCUUCGCUUUGGUGAGAAGCAUCCGCGAGACUCGUGAUCGAUGGAUCGGUUUCAGGUCUGGUGAAGGCAAGAAUAAAAGGAGUAAUAAAGAAGAAACUAGAGUUACGGUUUGGAAACCCACGUUUCAAGUCGAAGAUUUCGCGGAGCAAGUACAGAACGGAAAUCGAGACCCAAGUUUGGGGUUAUUAGAAGAUGCGUCUCGGAGCAAAGAGUGUGGUAAAGAAGAAGAGGACGCGGAAAAAGGUAUCGACUUGAGGCUCUCACUUUGA